GAAAAGAGAGGACAGCCUUUCAUUUGUAGAGAGAGAAUCAAGAAAAGAGAAGAGAUAAGAAAAAAGAGAGAAGAGAGGAAGAGCUGCAGUUUUCGUUUCUGCAGCAGGGCAGUCUGCUCAAGUGAGCGUUCUGGAAGAUUGCACCGUUGGAUCGUCCUGAAAUUUGGACAGUAGGUUCGCGAUUCUCUGGGCUUCAUUCUGACCGGAGGGAUCGUCAUUCUGAGGUCUAGUUCGUCGGAAUCGUUCCUGGACAGAAGGUGUACGAAUCUGUUUUUUUUUGUAUCUCUAAACCUCUCUUUGCCUUGCUCUUGUUCUUGUUAUCCA